AUGCAGAUGGGUCGCAGUGCUGUUGCGGCGGGACAAGACUACGUGCAGAAAAAUCUGGGCGGCCUCAUCCCAAUAUCCGUGCUCAAACACCACUUCAACGUCUCCAACUCCUACGUGAUGAACAAGCUGCGGAUCUUGCUCUUUCCGUGGAGACACAAGCCCUGCUGCCCUUCAUUCCGGUCUGCAUUCCAAGUUUCAUCCAGAGAUUCUGGGAUCACCGCAUCGAAGGCGCUCGCCGUCGUGCUCAUGGACUUCAUGUUUGUCAAACUCGGCUGUUACUUUCUCAACAUCUCCGGAAGCAUCAACCAGAUCCUCGACUUGUUAGCCUACGACGGAUACAAGUUUGUCGGCGUCAUCAUCACCCUUAUUGCUGGUCUCCUCGGCUUCGGCCGCUCAUUGUACAUCGUUACAUUCGCGUACUCCUUCUUCGCGACCGCGUUCUUCCUCCUGCGCUCUCUCCGCUCAAUGGUACUUCCAGACGCGUCCGCGACGGCGACGCCGGUGAAUCCGUCCCAGCGUUCACGACGCGUCACUUUCUUGUUCCUUGUAGCCGUCACGCAGAUCGUGUACAUGGGUGUCCUCGUCCGCGUAUGA